UGAACGGGCCAAAAGGAGACGUACGUGACGGUUCUGAAGAAAAACUGGAAAACUUAUACUGGCGUAUAAUUGGUGACGAACAGAUGGCGGAAAAAAAAAACAUGACUAGAAAAAAUGAAUCAAUUUCAAGGAGCGGACCUGUCAUCAGUGAUCGAAAACAAUUCUCCAAUAGUGAAUGGCCCAACAGCGAAGAAUUGGAGAAGGGAGAUGGUGGAGAUAACCGCCCUCCGAACGGAAAGCGUAACAAUAAGUUUGAGAAAAAAAAAAGUGGAAAACCGUUCAGAAAGCGGGAGGCUACCAGUAAGAUUGAACGCGAUGAAAUCAACGAACUUAAGAAACUUUACGGAACGUUCAAUUUUGAUAUUUUGGAGACUUUUAGAGAUGCGCCGUUAUGCGUACGUACGAAAGCUGCUCUUGAAAGAUGUGGUUACGAAAAACCAACUCGUAUCCAGAAGGAAACAUUGGCUCUCGCCCUCAGGGGCAGAGACGUCCUGGGUGCAGCCAAGACUGGCUCAGGCAAGACACUCGCAUUUCUUAUUCCCGUUCUAGAGCUAUUAUUCAGAGAAAUGUGGACACGACUGGAUGGCCUAGGUGCCCUUAUUAUUACGCCUACACGUGAGCUUGCUUAUCAAAUUUUCGAAGUACUAAAGAAAGUUGGGGCUCGACACGAUUUUUCAGCAGGUCUGAUUAUAGGUGGAACCGAGGUUGGCUUUGAGCGGAAGCGUUUACAUGGCACGAACAUAAUGAUCUGCACACCUGGCCGUCUACUCCAGCAUAUGGACCAGAACCCACUUCUUGACCCCACCAACCUUAAAGUUCUCGUUUUGGACGAGGCUGACCGCAUUCUCGAUAUGGGCUUCGAGAAGGAAAUGAACGCCAUCCUCGAGAAUCUUCCCUCUAAUCGACAGACGCUUCUUUUCUCAGCCACCCAAACAAAGUCUGUAAAGGACCUCGCUAGGCUCUCACUUACUAACCCCUGUUACAUUUCCGUACACGAGAAAGCUGAACAGGUUACCCCCGAUCGACUGCACCAGAACUAUCUCGUCUGUGAGCUACACGACAAGCUUAGCCUUCUUUGGUCGUUCCUCAAGAAUCACAGGAGCAAAAAAAUUAUCGUCUUUAUGUCGUGUUGUAAACAGGUCCAGUUCAUAAACACAAUAAUUCGGCGAUUGCGGCCGGGAACCACAGUUAUGCAUUUACAUGGGAACAUGUCACAACCUCGGCGUUUGGCUAUCUAUGAGGAGUUCUGCUCGAAACAAUCGGCCAUUUUAUUAGCAACCGAUCUGGCAGCGAGAGGGCUCGAUUUCCCGAAAGUCGACUGGGUUCUCCAAUUAGACUGUCCUGAAGAUCCGCAAACGUAUAUUCACCGGGUCGGCCGAACAGCUCGUUUCGAGAACGCGGGUAAAGCCUUAUUGGUUCUUCUCCCAUCUGAAGAAGAUAAAAUGAUCAAACAACUUGUGGAGCGGAAAAUUCCAAUUAGUAAAAUCGCAGUGAAUCCUCGGCGAUUUUAUGAUAUACAACGGAAGGUGGAGGCGAUGUGUGCUCGUGAUGCCGAGCUGAAGGCAUCAGCACAGCGUUGUUUUGUCGGUUAUCUUAAGUACGUGUUUGUGCAAAAGGACAAAGCCGUGUUCAGUGUGGAGAAACUCGGCCUAGACUUUUUCGCGCGAAGCCUUGGCCUUAUUAUCACUCCUCGAGUUCGUUUCCUGGAGAAGUACUUUGCAGCUAAAGGCAUUAAGAUGUCAGGCCAAAUGUUAUUCUGUUGCGACAAUUUGCAGGAAUCGGAUCGAGCGCGCACGGGCAAUAGUGAAGAUGAUUCGAAAGAGUUUCAAAAAGAUGAUGGCAAGCCGAAGAUGAUCCAACUGUCGAAGAAAAUAGAGAAGUUCUCAUUUGAUAUAGGGAUUGAUACUGAUGAAGAGAUAUUUACGGAGAAAGGUAAACCAUUUUGUGAGAUUGACACUAACGAGAUUAAGGAAGACAGCUCGGCUGGCAGCGAUGAAGAGAAAAACGAAAAAGAAUCUACAUCGAUAUUAGAGUCACUUGAGCAACAGAUAAGAGUUGCUAAAACAAACAAGGUUAUCACCAAGAUUCAAGCCGCCAAAAAGGUUCUAAGAAAGAAACACAUAGUGUUGAAUAAAAAGGUUGUAUUUGAUGAACAGGGCCAGAGGGUUGACAAUGCCGAGGACACAGUAUUAAGUAAACCUUUGGCAGGUGUUGACGAAAAGGGAGGAAUUAAUAUUGAGCUUAGUAAACAGUUGAUGCAGGAACAAGAUCGAAUUGACAAGCAAAUUUAUAGAGAAAAAAUCAAAAACAAACAUCGUGAAGAACGACUUAAGGCUAAAGCAGAGCGAAGAGCCACAGCUAUUGGAGGCGAUGUGGUCUUAGACAUUGGUUGUGGGGGUGGUGAAUGUGGCGGAGUAGACUCCGACAGUGAGAAAAUAAGACUUUUCAAUCAAGACCAAGACAGCUCUCUUGAAAACGAGGAUAGCGCGUCUGUGAAUAGUGAGAACGAGUCUCUCAAUGGUAAAUUGAAUUCGGAGAGUAGUUACUCGGAAUCUGAAACAUCUGAUAGUGAAAAACAAUCAACAGGAACCAUAGAUGAAAACGAUAAGCAUUGUAUUGGAUUCGUUCGUCGAAAAUUCAAAAGCGGUGACAGGAAACGCUUCAUUAGGAAACAAGCAGACAGUAGCGCUUCGGAAGAAAUAGAGGAAAACGAAGAUGAUCAUCUGCCUACUCAGCACGUUCCAAAAAAGCAGAUGAAAACCAAGGGCAAAUUCGGCCUCAAGCGACGACGUAUAGAGGAGGAUGUUGACGAGCUUGAUACUGGGCUGAGCCUACAAGGAGACGAAAAGUUGGCUCUCAAGCUUCUUCAGGAUUGGGGUUAAUUUAAACUUACAACCCGCGUGAAUUUUGUAUGUAUUACAAGCGUACUGUUGUGUGUUUGUGUCGGUUAGACAACUACUAGUUACUAAAUACUGGCUGAGGGCCGAUUAUUAACAGGCUUUCAAGCAGCUAAAAAAUAUUAAUAAUAUUGUAUUCGAACUUACCAUAUUUUUUGUACAUAAUCAUAUGAUAGAGCAAACACAAAUACAUUUUGCAAACACUCUUACACCCGUUAUGGUGGUGUAAGAAGCAUGUUUCUUUGUUAGAAACUGCGUGCUAAAAUAAAACAAAUUUUUCUGAAUCACGUGCUUUCGUUUCUCUAAAUUGAAGAUUUGUCACUGCGCUAACCGGAAUAUAGUUAUAGGUUCGUCGUUUAAGUAAAAGUCAAGCUGACAGAGAGAUUGCUACUAUGAUGGAGCUUUCGAGUUUUACGUUACGAUACAGUUUUCGAGUUUUACGUUGCCAUUAAGCAUUGCUUCAGAUGGCUGAUUCCUGUCGCAAUGUCUCCGUGGUGUCGCAAGUAACUUGAAACAGUCGUUUCGGUUAUCGUUAUCCGCCUAAAUAAACGAUGCAAGCGUAACCGAAUAGUAAAGACCGAGAUUUAGUGAUAUACAAAAGCUAUGUAAGCUAAGAAAUACGAGUAAGAUGGUGUUACAUUAUGUUAGUUGAAAUCUAACAUCGAGUCUGUAAAAUCUGGUCUACGGAACCAACCUACUGUUGAUAAAAGUACUUCAUAAUUUCCCUAUCAUUUAAAAGAUUUGAGCCCAACCAUUACUAAAGAACGAGUACACGGAUAACGCCUGAUAACGUCUUUGGAAUACUAAAAGUUGACAAAUAUCAAGCGAUUAAUUCUAAAUGCAGUGCACGUUAACGUAAACACAUUAGCAUAAUAUGAAAAUAAAUUUAUUACCAAACAGCAUCGUUAUUAUUUUUUCCAAUAAAUCACAGAUUUCAUCGAGGUAUCUGCAAGCAGGAUUUUAUUAUAUAUAUAUUACCAUUGCGUGUCAUGAAAUUCUUCUGGUUGGCGUAUUUUUGGCGGUAACGAAAAACCUCUCAUGCCGACACUUCUGUUCAGUUUGUAUAUACUUUUGCAUAAGAAAGUCUAAGUCGUCAUAUUCAUUUCUAUAGUACCACCUGAGAUAUCUGGGUUAUACGCGAUCGCUGCGUCACAUUUUGCUGCACAAUCUUUAGAUAUAAAGAAUGUCGAUCUCACAGCUGCAGACUUAGCAUCUUCAUAGAUAUCUAUCGGUGUGCCUCACAGUCCUAUUUAAU